ACAAUUUAAAUCAUAAAAAUAAGAUUAUAAUACACCUCAAAUACAGACACUACACUGAUCCCAUUUCCUACACGCGCACACGGCGUGGAAGCGAAGCAUAGUCUAUUUUGACUAUAUAAAUGGAAGGUUCCAAACGAACAGGGGGCGUUGUUCAAAAACAAAAAAGAAACAAAACAGACAGGAAUCUCUCGUCUUUUCUCUCCACCGCUGUAAAUGUCUCGAGAUUACUUUGCACAGCGUAGAUUGUAUGGUGGCGCAAUAGCCGCCACACUCCCUCGUCGAUUUCAGGAUGUGAGCAACAUUAGGCCCGUCCCUGAUCAUCAGGAGGUUUUAGUGGACCCUGCGCGUGACGAGAGUCUGAUAUUUGAACUCUUAGAUCACAAACAUGAUGUUGCUGACAAUGGAAGUGCAACCUGGUUUCUUCAUGACCUUGCCACAGAACAAGAUGCUGAGGGAGUCAUGAUAAUUGAGCAGUCUGGAGUGAUUGAGUUUGAUGGGUUGCGUUUCAGACACCUGCCUGCAGUUGUUACUACUGCAGUUGGCCAGAUGGCCAUCUCUAAGGAAGGCCAAGGAAGGGAAGCUCAAAAUACAGUUAGGGUGUAUUUGGCAAAUUUGCGUCUUAGGGAAGUUUUUACUGAUGUACUAAUCACUGCAUAUGAACCCAUCUUAAUAAGGUAUGUAUCAAGGAUAUCCUUGUAGUUUGGCUUUUUCUAGUAGUUCCAUUUUUUAAUUUUACAGUUCUUCACUUAGACACCCUAGAGGAAAUCUUUCCUAUUUUGUAGCAGCAGAGUCUGAAAAUCUUCUAGGUCUGAACAUUCACCCUGUCACUGACUUUUAAAUGCCCAACAAAACACAUCCUCUAAAGCAAUUUUACUGUUGUGUGUAUGCAUUUCUAAGCAAGGACAUCUAGGUCUCACCAAAGGUGGGGUCAGGGGGUUCCUCAUUAUCAAAAAAAAAAAAAGAGAAAAAAAAAAAAAAGAAGAAGAAAAAAGAAAAAGAAAGAUGAAGGGCUAGUUUGUGGAAUGGCUAGUUUGUGGAACAACUAGGGUCUAGAAUCCAAAUCCACCAUUUGACAUUGUCUCCCUACCAUUUUGACUGUGGGCGUUUGACAUUUUACACACUUCAUAUAUUGUUGUUGUUGGUUAUGUGUUAGUAAUUUUUUGGUUAGAAAAUUUUCUUAAAAUC